GAAGGCGACCAUAUCCAGCUUUUUCCAGGAGCCCCGGUCUUGCUGCCGUCAUGAACUAGUUAUUCCGGAGGCUGGAUCGAGCGGCCAAGCGGGUGCGAAAUCGAUCACAAAACAAACGACGGAGUCGCGACGGACCGGACACCAUGGGCUGCUGUCUUUCCCGAGACGACAGCGCAAACUCGCCUUACCCAGGCGGCGCUGCCACUGGCUCUGGCCGAGCAAUCAACGAGGCUGCCCCAGCAGCCGGGGCGUCCAGCUCGCAAACCGGCGUCGACGAGCCUCUCCCCUCGGGGUCCCGGCACCGGCGCAGGCAUUCCCAUCAACCACUAGACCAGCACAUCAACAAGCCCUUGCGGCGGCACGAAUGGACCAGCCAUGACCGGCGUUGGACACCGGCGGCCUUGCGGAGGGAACGGGCCGAGUUCUUUGACACGCGGGUGACCGGGAGACAAGAGAUAUGGCAAGCUAUCCGUGCGGCGUUGGAGGUUCUGUGGGCUGCCGACGAGGCGGCCCGCACUGGCAGGUAUCGCCGGAUGAGCGAGGAUGGGGGGCCGAGCGAGGAAGACCCGGACGUGGCUCUGGCAACAGCACAGAGCAUAAUCGACGCGGCCGAUAUCACGCUGCCCACCGGCGACUUGUACAACGGAGCGUAUGACGCGUUUGGCAACUUCUACCAGCUGAAUCACCAGGUCGUCUCGGAUCCGUCCAACCUGGUAUGGAGUCCUGACUCGGCCGAGGAAGAUGAUGUCGACGACGGCAAAGCCGAUCUGACAGCCGACGAAGAGACGGAGCGUGAGUGUGGCGACGACGAGGCUGAGCGGCGGCGCGAGGAGAAGGGCAAGGCCGUCGUGGAUAUCCGGAAUCAGAUCACGGUUCGGGCAAGGCUCAGCGACGGGUCUCGGGACGUCUGCGUCGCGGUGGACAAAGGGGACUCCGUCCGGCGUGUCGCCAGGGCUGUCGCAGAGAAGGCAAAGGUGAGCAGGACAUGGUGACCGAGAGCGAGAGCUGUGCAUUGCUGACAGUGGACCGACCAAAAGCUCGAUUCCACCAAGAAAAUACGCAUCGCAUACAUGGGCAAGAUUCUCCACG